ACACUCCCUUCAGGACUGUCUUAAGUUCCAUCUGUUCAGGUGAAAAGAAAUUGGAGGCAAGGCUGAAACGACGACGUUUGUGUCCAAGGACUUACCUGCACGUCUCUCCACCACAAUUAUCAGCAAUUUCUCAUAGGUCAUCAAUCAGUAUGACAGACCGUCGCAGGAUCAAUGGACCUUCGGGUGCCACACACGCUCCAGUAUACGAAGACGAAUUGGGUGCAUCAAGGAACUCUUCAAGAUUGAGACCUGCCAACACGAUGAGAAAUUUAUUCCUCAAAACUGGCAUUGCGCCAGCCGCCUCCGGAUCCGCCUAUGCAGAGAUUGAGGCUCCUGCAGGUGUCUCUGAUACACAUGCGGGUAUGAAGCUCAUCUGCACAGUUCAUGGCCCGAGAGCUCUCCCGAGGUCAGCGCCAUUUUCACCAUAUCUAGUUCUAUCGACACACGUCAAAUACGCACCCUUCGCGACUCGCCAGCGCAGGGGCUACCUCCGGGACGCCAGUGAGCGCGACCUCAGUGUCCACCUUGAAACUGCACUGCGGGGUGUAGUUAUUGGUGAGCGAUGGCCCAAGAGCGGUCUGGACGUUACGGUCACCAUCUUGGAAGGUGACCAGGAGAGGGGGCUCUCGCAGGCACAGGGUCACGAAGACUGGGAUAUGAUGAAUGUUCUUGGUGGCUGUAUCACAGUUGCUGCAGCUGCCAUUGCGGAUGCCGGUAUUGACUGUGUUGAUAUGGUCACUGGUGGCGUCGCAGCCUUGAUUCAGUCCAGUGGCACGCAAACGCCCCAGAUUGUACUUGACCCGGUAUGCUCGGAGCACGACAACCUUCUGGCCGCUUGCUGCGUAGCGUACAUGCCAUCGCGAGACGAAGUCACCAACCUAUGGAUCAAGGGUCAACUUCCGCCGUCAGACGCGGCAACGCAGACGCAAUUGGUCAGAAGAGCUAUACAGGCAUCAAAAGGGAAUUACAAGGUCCUGGUGGAUGAACUGGGUAGCUUCAGCCAAAAUCACGUCGAGGCCGCUUGAGACUUGCCUUGACAUCGCUCUGUCGUCGCCCGAGAUUUUGCGCUUCUGUGAGGGGAUGGUCUGAGGCAUGGAGGGAGUAUAGUGGCCUGGCGGUCAGACUAUUGACAGUCGAAGUACGAUCCACAGCCCGUGCUUCCCACGCAAUUUGGGCCUCACCUGGAACAGAACAGAGGAAAUUUAAAAGUCACUUGCGCUGAGCGCUUGCUGACCGCAUGUUUGUCAUCG